AUGGAGGGAUUCUCCCAGCAGGACCCAGACCAGAACUCAGACCAGAGUCAGGGUCUUAAACUGGAUCAGGGUCAACAAAGUCUGCUGUCGCUUCCAGCUGAUGAAGAUGAUGGUGACAAAAAACUCACAGAUCAUCAUCCAGAUGUGGUGCCGGUCCAGAUGAAGGAUCAGGAGAUAGACCAGGGUCCAAGAGAUGAGCAGGUCCAGGACUUUGAGGAAGGAGGCCCCAAUCUGGACCAGAACCGAGCAGAGCCUCCGCACACUGUGCUGGACCCCACGGCCGAGACAGCCAAUCAGGACGAAGCCAGGGAGUCAGGUGGUGGCGUCCCAGCGCUGGUUGUGACUGAAGUGGAGGAGUCCAGACAAGCAGCAGCUCCUCAGCGAGCCAGCAGACCUGCAGACCUGGUGAUCCCUGCAGCCACCAGCAUUACCAGUCCCACCUCCAGCAUCCAUGGAGGAGACAUGAUCUGCUGCGACCUGCUGUCUCCAAGGAGCGAUUCCUUCUCCCUGACCAGCGAGCCCACCGUUUCCAGGAGGAGUGAGGAUGAUGAUACGAGGAGCAUCACAGCUUCAUCCGUCAUGUCUCUGUUCCACAGGGUCCAGCUGGAUCCUCUGGAGAAGGAUUGGAUGAGGAGCUGCGCUCUGGGGAAGGUGGCGGCUCAGCGUCUGCUGCUGGCUCAGGAACCCGGUCUCGUCUUGAAGAAGGACUUCAUCACUAACCUCCGCAGGGCCGACAGAUGCCUGCCGCAGCCGCCCUUCCUCCCCUCAGAUCCGUCUCUGAGAGUCUGA